AUGGUUGUUGCCUGCGUCGCCCCUACUGCUCGCACACGAGCCCUAGGACUUCUCAGAACAGUGCAAUACACUCACCCACCUUCGUGUCCGUGUCACGGUCAACCUUCACAUCAUCAUAAUCAUAAACACUCCUUGACGAAUCUCUUUAAGAAUGGAAAUCGUGGGGUUACAACGCCGACAGACCAUGCAGGAAUGAAAGAGUAUGCUUUUGAAAUGGCUGCAUCUAGCAUACGUUUUGGCCCUGGCUCUACACGGGAGUCUAUGAAGACUGCAAUUGAGGCUUUAGAGAAAGAGGGAAUCAAGUACGAAAUCUUUAGCGACGUACGCGUAGAGCCCAAAGAUUAUUCAAUCAAAAAAGCAAUUGAAUUUAGCAAGAGGGUAAACGGAGAUGCUUACCUUGCCGUGGGUGGGGGAAGUGUCAUGGAUACUGCAAAGUUGAUGAAUUUGUACACAUGCUUUCCAGAAGCAGAUUUCCUAGAUUUUGUUAAUGCACCCUUGGGCAAGGGACUUCCAAUUACAAAAUCUCUGAGGCCACUGAUCUGUGUCCCAACUACCGCAGGAACCGGCAGUGAGACAACCGGCACAGCUAUCUUUGAUCUGGUAGACAAGAAAGCAAAAACCGGUGUUGCUCACCGUGUCCUUAAGCCGACCCUUGGAAUCUGUGACCCUCUCAACACCCGUACGAUGCCAUCGGCUGUCCAUGCAUCUUCAGGACUUGAUGUGCUAUGCCAUGCUCUUGAAUCAUACACAGCAAUACCUUAUAACGAACGUACUCCAAGGCCAACCAACCCAAUACUCAGACCAGCUUACCAGGGCGCCAACCCCAUUAGCGAUGUAUUUUCAUUUAAAGCCCUACAGAUGACAAUCAAAUACCUCCCAAGAGCUGUCAGAGACCCGGAUGAUUUUGAGGCACAGAGCCAGAUGCUCCUCGCAGCAACCCUAGCCGGAGUUGGUUUUGGAAAUGCAGGUGUGCACCUGUGUCACGGAAUGAGUUACCCAAUUUCGGGGGGUAACAAAGGGUAUAAACACAAGGGAUACGAUGUCCCGCAUUCAAUUAUUCCCCAUGGUGUUAGUGUAGCUGUUACCGCACCCGCAGUAUUCAGGUUCACUGCCGCCUCCAAUCCUGAACGUCAUCUAGCUGCGGCUGAAGCAUUCGGGGUAGACAUUUCCAAUGUAAGAAGAGAAGAUGCCGGCGAGGUGCUCAGUGAGGCACUUAAGAAAUUUCUUUACGGGCUUGGUGACCAGCCUAAGGGUAUCCAAGAUCUUGGUUUCAAUUCUGGCGAUAUCGCGGGGCUUGUAGAAGGCACGAUCCCACAGAGGAGAGUCUUGAUGUUAGCGCCAAAUUUGAAUGAGGACGUUACACCCCAGAGGGAGGAACUGUCAAAACUGUUUGAGGAUUCACUUGCGUUCUAG